UAAAUUACUGUCUCAUUUUUUUAUUUACUAAAGUGAAAAUGAAAUUUACCAAUAGAAAAGGUAAAAAUAAAGCAAAAAAUGAACGAAAAAGUAAAAAAGAGAAAUUUGUUAAACAGAAAACGCCAAAAAAACUACGUACUAAACGACGGAAAGCUAAUAAGAAAAGCAAUCAUAGUCUUAACAGGAAAGGAAGAUACACCACCCUCAGCGAAAACAAAGAACACAAGUUUAAUAGUUACGAAGAAAUUGAAGAAUUCUUAGUUAACUUAUUGCAAAUGAAUUCGUCUAAUCUUCAAAUAAUAGUAAUUGGAGAAUCACAGGAAGGAAAACCAAUUUAUUUAGUUUCAAUAGCCAACACCGACGAGAUUACUGAGGCUAUAUUCAUUGAAGCAGGAUCAAACGGGGAAGAUUGUGUAGCUGUACAGUGCGCUCUUCAUAUAAUAAAAUAUUUGGUAGAAACCGCAAGUACCUGUAAUUAUUUAAAAACUAUGAGAUAUUAUAUCGUGCCUUGUUCAAAUCCUGAUGCUUUCGAAAUAAAUAAACUUGGACAAAAGCCAUGCUUUAACUUAUCGACCAAUUUUCCAUUGAGACUAGGAAAUCUCAACAUUGAUAACAUUGACCUACAGAAGUUUUUGGAGGCUGCUAGGAACUGGAAGGAAAGUUAUCAGUUUAAAUCUCCUGAACAGAUGGCUUUGUUGAAAGCUCUAGCCACUUUUCAGUAUUCCAUUAAAAUAUUCAUAUCUUUGCAGGAAGAAGGUUUUAAAAUAACGUACCCUUAUGGAACAUGCAAAGAGCCUAUUCCGGAAGUUGAAGAUAUUCGAAGAAUCGCUCUUCUUUCAAGAUCAGCCAACACUUUGUGCUUUCAAGUCGGUUCAAUUUACCAACUAUUUGGAUUAAGGUUUGGAACUGUUAUCGAUUUUAUAACCAUGUUCUUUAAUUCCAUAAAAUUUUGCUACAUCUUUCAUAUAAAUAGCAAAAAUUGCUCUUGUAAUACACAAGAAAUUUCCGAACGAGCAAUGGAACUCUUACAAUGUUUAGCAUUGAUGGGACAAGAAGUUUCUGAAUUAUGUAAGAAGCAAUCUUCCGAUGAUAACAUUGUUGAGUUCAUAUAAUAAAAACAAAAAAUGUAUAAAGGUAUUGCCUAAUAUAUUUAUUUAAAAUUUA